CAAAUUUUACUUACCUGUAGACAUAGGACAUUUAAUAUUUGAAUAAUAAUUUUAAUACUUGCUUGGAGUUUAGUGUCUAUUUAUUGUUUACAUAUUCCAACCGAUGUCCGAUGCUGCUCUCAAGACUUACAAUACCCUGAUCAAUAAAACAUGGAUAAUGGUCCCAGUAUUCUCACCAAAAUUUACUUGGUGACUUGGAAAAAUGUUGGGCUUUUUUUCAACAAAAGCUCAAUUAUAGUGCUUGUGGUAUUUUUGCUGUUGCCACUGGUGGCAUUGGCUCUGGCACUUAUAGGCGCCAGUCAGCCAUCUGAAUUAAAUUUGGCGGUUACUUCUGAGGACUUGGCAAACCUAAGCAAUAAUACUGAAGAAAUUGGCGCACUGUGGUAUUCGCCAAAAUGCGGCUUCCUUGCUGACUUUAUGGAAUCUGCUCAUCUUAAUGUAACAAAAGCCUUCUCCAAUGGGGCUGAUCUCAUUGAAUAUGCAAAAAGAAAGGCAAUAGGUUACGGCAUUCAAUUCCCAGACAGCUGGUGGGAUAUUAGGACUUUGCCCGACAAGUUCACAUUUAUUAUAAGAUCAUCAUAUCCCUUUCAAGCGAAGCUCCGUUUCGGAACUGAGGACUUUCCUCCCUACGCUUUCCCCCCAGGAUUUCUCAAGAUCCAGAAUGCCCUGAGCCUGCAGUAUAUACGUGCCAAGGCUAAAGAACGAAAGCUGGAGACAGACUUCGAGGUACCGACCUUUAAGGUUCUCCCCGUCCCCGUGACAGAAGAUGUGGGAUCCAAGUCAACGGUGGCUUUCAUGCUAGUUAUGUUGUCCCUGGUGUUUCUAACUGCAAGGCUGGUAGAGGUCAUAAUCGAGGAGAAGGUCGUGCAGCUCAAGGAGACACUGAGAAUGCUGAGUGUGAACAUCUACGUACAGUGGAUCACCUGGUAUAUAUUCAGCAUGACUGUCUUCGUCGCAGUGGCUGUCGUAAACACGAUCUGCGCGGUUGUGGUGCUGGGUAAAAUGAAGCACCCAGUAGUUCCAUUUUGCCAUUGGUCCAUUAUGCUGGUCAUGCUGAUUAUUUUUGGCCAUGCAGCCGUAUGUCUCGGCUUUUUGAUCAGCUCGAUCUUCAAUUCCCGCAGUCGUAUCUACUUGUGGGCCGUUCUCUGCAUAUUCCUAACAGAUCUACCAACGGUUUUUAUCAAUCACGAUAGCGGACCAGUGCUGGUCUUUAUAUGCAGCAUGUUUCUUCUUACAGGCAUCGAUUUCUCUUACCACGAUGUUAUGGUAUGGGGGUACUUCAAUCAGCCACUGACGUGGAGACAUUUUUUUGAUGCCUAUUGGGCUGGCAGUUCCCUUGGAUUUGGCUGGAAGCUAGUUGCGAUGUUGCUGGGCAGUGUUGUGUGUCUUUUCUUGGCUCUGUAUAUCGAUCAUGUCCGUCCAGGACCUUUCGGUGUGCCCAAGCCGUGGCACUUUCCCUGCACCCGAUGCUGGAAGAAGCACGGCCUUCUGGAAUCGAUGUAUGGCCCAUAUAUCCACUGUUUUUCUAAUUUACGGCGAAACACCGAUGUGGAGCGUCCCGAUUCAGGUGACAAUGUCAACCUUCUAGCCGAGCCGCUGCCGGAGGGCAAGAAAGUCGGUAUCGAGAUCAAGAAUCUCUGCCGUUCCUUUGGGAACAAGAAGGCUGUCGAGAAUUUGAACCUCAGUAUCCUGAAGGAUGAGGUCACCAUUCUAAUGGGCCACAAUGGGGCCGGGAAAACUACGUUGAUCAGCAUGCUGGCCUGCUUCAUCCCGCCCACUUCCGGCACGGCUCUGGUGAACGGCUACGACAUCACGACACAACGGGCCCAAGCCCGGCGCAACAUGGGCCUCUGCCCGCAGAACAAUGUCCUGUUCGCUGAGCUGAGUGUCGCCAGGCACAUCUGGUUGUUCGCCAGGUUGCGGGGCAUGAAGGGGCCAGCGGUCAAGGAGGAGGUUAACAAGUAUCUCGAAAAGCUCAAUCUCGAAAAGAAAAGGAAUAAGGCUGCCAAGAAACUUUCAGGUGGCUCUCAGCGACGAUUGAAUGUGGCAUGUGCCCUAUGCGGCGGUGUCAAGAUACUGCUCUGUGACGAGCCAAGCAGUGGCCUGGAUCCUGCAUCGCGGCGCGAUCUCUGGAAGCUGAUCCUGGAGGCGAAGAAGGGCUGCACCAUCCUGCUGUCCACCCACCACCUGGAUGACGGGGAGGCCAUCGGCGAUCGGAUUGCCAUCGUCAGUGAUGGGCAGCUGAGGUGCCACGGGACACUGCCGUUCCUGAAGCGUCAGGUGGACGCCAGUUCGUUGCUAACCUGCGAAAUGAAAAAGCGCUGUGAUGUUGAGCAGUUAACCUCAUUGAUUUACAGUCAUGUGGGACCCAUCCAGCCAUUCAGCUUCCUCGGUCGAGAUGUUUGCUACAAACUGCCACUCCGCGUGUCCUCCACUUUUCCAUCUCUAUUUCGAGAUCUGGAGGAACAAAAGGACGAUUUAGGAAUUCGCGGAUUCGGAAUGAGUUCCAUGAGUCUGGAGGAGAUCUUUAUGACCUACGGAGCGGAGAAGCCCAAAACUAGAUCCCAGACAGUUCGAGAAUCUGGUGGAGGAGAAGAAAUCGUGAUCGCCGAGGAGGAUGAAACUGAGAGGAAUUGCGCGGAUCACUGGAGGGCAAUGAUGUUUAAGAAGAUGUUAUACCUCUGGCACGACAAGAUUAUAUUUAUAGUUAUACUGCUGAUUCCAAUUAUAGUGUUAAUUUGGAAGUUAAUCGAUUCUAAAGAACAUCACCACAGUAUGCAAAUAAGCAAUUAUGCCGACACAUCGCUAAAAAUUCUUGUUCAGGAGCCAAAGCCUAACGAAGAUGGCGCACGACAGUUGGCCAUUUUCAAGGAUUAUGUCGGAAGCUAUUGUGAAGUGAAGACCAUAUCGCAGUCCCCCAAGGUCUAUAUCGAAGACACAAUUCGAGACAACCAGGGGAGGCGCGAAAUGAGGUUUGUGCUGAUGGCAGUGGACUUUGAAAAUGGCAUCACCGGAUGGACUGGCCCCAAAGAAAUCCUGCACGCAGUACCCCUUACCAUAAACGUCAUCUACAAUGUCCUGGCGAAAGAUAUCCUUGGGUCGGAUGCUAGCAUUGAGGCCAUUAAUGCCCCCCAUCAGAACUUUGUAAAGGAGGAGAUGAAAAAGUUGCUAGAAAUGACCAUGCCGCUCAUAUACAUCAUCCUCGUCCUGUGGAUGUUGUCCUUAUUCAUCGUCCAUGAACGGCAAUCGCACAUGAAGCAGCAGCAAGCGGUGUCCGGUGUGAGCAUGGUCACCUACUGGACGUCCCACUUCGUGGUUGACCUUCUGAUCUUCAUGAUUUAUAUGCUGGCGCUCAUUCCGAGUGCCUUCAGCACCAUCGAAUGGGGUCGUACCCUUUUCGUAUUUUUCCUGAUCGGAGCUGCAGCCCUGCUCUUUCUUUAUUUCUGGCUCUGUGUGGCCUCACCUCUGGUCUCCCGCAUUCUCCUCUCGAUUGCUUGUAUUGGAUGUUACGUGGUCUUACUUAUUGGAGUUUUCGUAACUGAUUACCCCUUUGUAAUAUACCUAUUGUACUUACAUCCGUUACAUUGCGGUUACACUGCUCUGCAGAAGUGCGCCAUCAUGAAAAGAUUUUGUGAGAAUAAGAGCUAUGCAGGAUUGCAUAAAAAUUCACUAUGCGUGGUUCCUCAUAUCUCUAUAUAUUCCCAUCAAUGUCUUUGCAAUGAUAUGCUCCUUGCCUGGUUUGAGGAACAAUAUCUGCUGUUCCUUAUCAUACUAUACUUCACUCUGCUCAUGGUUGUUGAGUACGGCCCCUGCCUUCCUUGCUACGUCCUGAUGGACUUUUUUGCCCUAAAUAAAAAGGAAGAAAUCGAAGAUCCUGAUACGGCCAGGAAAGCGGGGAAAAUUGCAAAUUAUAGUGAGUCUCAGUUGAGGAGUCUGGCCCUGGUCGUACAAGGGGUAUCCAAGAAGUAUUGCUGCAACAAAGUGGUUAAUAAUAUUUCCUUUGCAAUAAAGCCGCCGUCCUGUGUGGGCCUGCUGGGCCCAAACGGGGCCGGGAAAACCACCACAUUCAAGAUGAUUGUUGGUGACACUCUAAUGAGCAGGGGUGAUAUAUUUAUCAAAGGAUACAAUGUGAAAACCGAUCGAGAAACGGCCACCAAUCAGCUUGGGUACUGUCCGCAGUUUGACACUUUCUUUGAAUUCUUCACCGGAAGACAGGCCCUCCACUUUUUCCUUCAGUUGCGCGGAACUUCACGCAAGAAUCUCAAAAGAUGCGCCGAAAAGUUAGCCAGAGAUUUUGGAUUUUAUCAGCAUUUGGACAAAAAGAUCAAGUACUACAGCGGGGGAACUAAGCGGAAAAUAAACGCGGCGGUGGCAUCCAAAGGAGACACCUUGAUUUGUAUGGACGAGCCCAGUUCCGGGGUGGAUCCGGCAUCUCGUCGGCGUAUUUGGAAUAUCUAUGGAACGAUGGUCCAGCAGAACAAAUCGGUGCUGCUCACCUCCCACAACAUGGACGAGAUCAAUGCCCUCUGCUCGAAAGUCAUCAUAUUGGUGGAUGGCAAGGUGUUCGCCAUGGGAUCGAAUCAGAAUGUCAAGGACAAGAUAACCCAGUACGUGGUUCUCAAGAUGACUGUGAAUGCGGCGGAGGAAGACAUGGACGAAAUUCUGAACAAGAUCGAAGAAAAACUAUUGGUCGCCUAUCCUGGGGCCACUUUGGAGGAAAAGUACGAAUUUAGUGGACGGCUUGUGUUUAAAAUACCAAAUAAGGAUACCAAGUUAUCGGAGAUUUACGGGUUCCUCGAGAAGAAUCGCAAUUCCUUUCAGCUGGCCGACUACUCCGUGUCCCAGCCCACCCUGGACAAUGUUUUCGAGGAGAUUUCCGCAGAAAAGGAGCGGAAGAAGAAACACAAGACGGCUCGGACAACGGGAAAAAAAGACAAAAAAGCUAACAAUCGACAAGAAGACAAUCAAAAUGAUGACAUACCUUCGACCAGCAAACAAAAUGCUAAAAAAUAACGAUUAAAAAAUGUCAACAUAUAGAGGCAAAAUCGUAGGUAAUUCAAUGUGCGACAGAAAAUAAAAAUAUAUGUAUUUUUGUACUCGGCUAUGGUCAAGAGACUGUCUGUCGACUGGGAA